UUGAAUUAUAUUGAUACAGGUGGAUCGGAUCGUUCCUACCCACCAACAGUAUCGUUCUUAAGGCCCGGAUAUAUUGCACACCGUUGUGAUCAACUUCAGAUCGGUGAACAGUUAACACAUGUUAAUAAUAUCGCGGUCCAAGAUUUAACCCACGACGAAGUAUUGUCAAUUUUGAGAAAUGCCGGUACUGAAGUUUCUCUUCGUGUAGAAUAUGACCUUAACCAACCAUAUUUUUUAUGGCCACCAAACAGCAUGAGAAAGUGUACCGAUAUAACAUUAGAACGAGAUCAAGACGGGUUUGGGCUAACACUACGUGGUGGAGCAUAUGGACCUGAUAAAAAUAAGUCUCGACCUAUAACGAUAACGAAUAUACGUAUUGGUGGACCGGCCCACAAAGAAGGUCGACUACGAGUUGGUGAUCGAAUUCUAUGCAUCAAUGGAGUUGAUGUCUUCAGUGCAACUUUGGCUACGGCACAAAAAUUGCUCGACGAGACUGUCCACAUUGUUAAUUUGACUGUUGAGUACAGUGUUGCAGUAUUUGAAAAUUUACACAAAGAAUCUGGGCCAUUGAUAAUCGAGUUGGAGAAACGUCCAGAAACCGAUUUUGGUGUAAGGCUGAAAGUUGAGGCACAAAAAGUUGGUUCGCUGUCCAAGCGAAUGAUAUUAGUCGAUUCUAUUACUGCAGCAUCCACCGCUGAUAGAUCUGAGAUUAUUGAUGUUGAGAAGACACCAAAGAGGAAGGAAGAAAAAGGGCACUAA